AAAGCGACCAAGGGGAAUUAGAUUCUCUUAUAUAAAAAUGGAUGUGAACUAAACUCUGAAUGCCCUUCAGUUGUCCAUAGGCGAACCAAUUCACCGUCACUCUGUUGGUUCCGCUUUCUUAGUGAAGCUAUAUGGUCACAUUUGAUUACUUUGAAGGCGAUGUGUAAGAUAUAAACUACAUUUUCUAUUAUAUAUGCUGAUAUAUAUAACCAGCAAAAUAGAAAACUCAUAGACAAUCGUAGUAUAAUGCAGUUACAUUACAAAAUGCAGUCAACUUCUCCCAAAUAUAACUACAAGCGCAUGCUUUGCAUGGUUUUUGUCCCAGUUAUCUUAUCGUCAUUUUUUGCGGAAGAUGCUUUAGCUUCCAACUCCACACUCUUCGCUUUCCACAGGGAACCAACCAAUCGUAGGCUUACCAGAAGGGCGUCAAGAGGACAGUUACUCAACUCAAGGAGGGGCUCGGAUGAUACUUCCGAAUCUUCCGAUAGAUACUCAGGUAGGUCGGGUGGCUCUAAGAACUCGGGCCAAUCCCCUUGGAUCAAGUAUAUGCAAAAGUUCGACAUUCCCCGUAAUCACGGCUCUGGAAUCUAUGUCGAUCUUGGAGGAUAUGAAUCCGUUGGUUCAAAAAGUUAUCGUAUGCCCGUUGGUAAGUGCCCAGUAGUCGGUAAAAUUAUAGACCUUGGAAAUGGUGCCGACUUCCUCGAUCCCAUUUCAUCAGAAGACCCAAGUUACCGUGGUUUGGCAUUCCCCGAGACUGCUGUGGACUCCAAUAUUCCCACACAACCAAAGACACGUGGUUCUUCAUCAGUAACUGCCGCUAAAUUAUCUCCUGUUUCGGCGAAAGAUCUGAGACGUUGGGGAUAUGAAGGUAAUGAUGUAGCGAAUUGCUCAGAAUAUGCUAGUAACCUCAUUCCCGCAUCAGACAAAACUACCAAAUAUAGGUAUCCUUUUGUUUUUGACAGUGAUAACCAGAUGUGUUACAUACUGUACUCUGCCAUACAAUACAAUCAAGGAAAUAGGUAUUGUGACAAUGAUGGUAGCUCAGAAGAAGGUACAAGCUCUUUGCUUUGCAUGAAACCUUACAAGAGCGCUGAGGAUGCACACUUAUACUACGGUUCUGCGAAAGUUGACCCCGAUUGGGAAGAAAAUUGUCCCAUGCACCCGGUAAGGGAUGCCAUUUUUGGUAAAUGGUCCGGUGGCUCUUGUGUUGCCAUUGCUCCUGCAUUCCAAGAAUAUGCCAACAGCACCGAAGAUUGUGCGGCUAUAUUAUUCGAUAAUUCUGCGACUGACUUGGAUAUCGAAGUUGUUAACGAAGAGUUUAAUGAACUUAAAGAAUUGACCAGUGGGCUUAAAAGGUUGAACUUGUCAAAAGUUGCCAAUGCUAUUUUUUCUCCCCUCUCCAAUGUUGCAGGUACCAGUCGAAUUUCACGUGGUGUGGGUAUGAACUGGGCUACAUACGAUAAAGAUUCUGGUAUGUGUGCUCUCAUUAACGAAACUCCUAACUGUUUGAUCUUGAACGCGGGUAGCAUUGCUCUCACGGCUAUAGGUUCACCUCUCGAGUACGACGCUGUUAACUAUCCUUGCCACAUCGACACCAAUGGUUACGUUGAGCCACGUGCAAAGACUACUAACAAGUACCUCGAUGUUCCUUUCGAGGUCACAACUGCUUUGAGCACGAAGACACUAAAAUGCAAUGCCUACGUUCAUACCAAGUACUCUGACAGUUGUGGUACCUAUUUCCUGUGCUCAGACGUUAAACCUAACUGGUUCAUUAGGUUCUUACACAUGAUCGGACUCUACAACACAAAGCGUAUCGUAAUAUUCGUCUGCUGUACCACUACCGCCAUCGUUCUCACCAUCUGGAUAUGGAAACGAUUCAUCAAGGCUAAAAAAGAGCCAGCCCCUCCAAGUUUCGACAAAUACCUAAGCAACUAUGAUUAUGAUACAACCCUAGAUGCCGACAACGAAACAGAACAGCGUUUGGAUUCCUCUGCUUACAGCUGGGGAGAGGCUGUACAAAGACCAAGUGAUGUCACCCCUGUAAAACUCUCUAAAAUCAACUAAAGGGUGUGAUAACUAAAUGCAGUAGUCACUUCAAGACAUCUCAUUGACCGUGUGAAUAAACAUCGUGGUCGCUUGUUAAUCAAUUGGAACCAAAAUCAGAUUCCUCAUGCAAGCUUUAUAAUGAGAUGGUAUAUCAUCCUGCUAAUGAACUUGUAUAAUAUGUGUAACUAUUUUUCAACCUUUCUGCUUAGUAUCGGUAUGUUUGUAU